AUGAAGCCUUGGAUACUUGAAUGCUUCUCCCUAUUGGCCUAUGCCAACAUUAGGUUUAUCUUGUGUUCAAAUUAUGAAACACUAAAUAGCAUUGCCGCGAGAGACUCUAAAAAGCAAUCCUCCCGCUUCGGACUAGAGUUAGAGCCCGGUUGCAUGAGCAAAUGUUUGAUUGCUCCGCUUAUGAAAGACGUUCAGCAGAAUGCCUAUGUAUUGGGAAGGUUGGAUAAUCAUACUGAGUUGUACCCAGGUGUGUCCUCAUGUCUGCUAGAUAUCGAGAAAAAAAACAGUCUGGGACAAUAUCGCUCCGAAGAAGCAAUCGUGUUCGAGUACUACGCUUGUAUAAUUAAUGUGGAGCUUCGCGUAUUGGCAGACCUUAGAGAACAAAGAAAGUUGCACCAAUACCCUCUGAAGGGUAAUUGGCUUGCCAAGGACGUGUCAAUCCUAGCAAAUGCCACGAAAUGCUUAGUUAUCGUUGCAAUUUUGAUAGCCUUUCGAAGGUAUAUUGAGUUAUCUUUCCUCAAGGUUGUUGAAGAGCUGAGAAGUCAGUCAUGUCUUUUGAUGACAGCCUUAGAUCUGAGAAUUAACGCAUUAGCGUCUAAUGUUUCGAAUUUUGGGACUAGCAUGGGAACCAAAUUACAAAAACUCAGAAAAAGAGUCAAAGUGGGCGUCCAAAGCAGCCUAGAAACGAAAACCGUUUCAAUCCUAUCCAAGGAGAACAUGGGUAACACUGAAAAAUUUCCAGCUAUCGAGAAAAACUGCGUAGGUCGUCAGGCCAAAGUUGUGGACGAAUUUUCUAUUUGCAGUCACGAGCCCGGCGGUGACGAGCCCAGCGGUGACUUUGGCUUGCCUCUUCAAAGAUCUGAGCAACUUCCAUUAGAACUCGCGUCAAAAAAAAAGGGUCUUCUUUUUGAUCUCACAACCAAAAAGGGCCGUAAUGACUGGAAAGAAUAUAUUAACCGAGAUAUCCGACGGAUUGCGGCCCACCAAAUAAAUGCUGCGGGUCAGUCAGCCAUCGUGAAAAGUUCGGUAGAUUGCAAUAGUGGAGGCAGCAAAGAAAAUGAUGUGCUCGAUGAUACUUUACAGAAUGUACCACUUUAUGACAGGCAUGGGAAGCCACUGCGAAGAAUUUGCGUCCCUGGAAUUGGCUGGAUUUCGAGAAAGAAAUACCUGGAACAAAGAGGCUGA